CCCGGUCCCGCCGCCCCGGCGGAGCGAUGCGGCCCGCGCCGCUGCUCGGGCUCCUGCUCUGGGCGCCGCUGCUCUGGGCUCCGCAGCCGGUGCGCGGCCUCCGCCACGGCGUCCACUGGAACGGCAGCAACCCCAGGUUCCUGCAGGACGAUUACUCCAUCGAGGUGGCCAUCAAUGACUACCUGGACAUCUACUGCCCACACUACGAGGGGGCUGUGCCCGCCGGGCGGGCAGAGACCUUCACGCUCUUCAUGGUGGACCGGGAGGGGUACCGAGGCUGCUACGAGACCCCCGGUGCCUUCAAGCGCUGGGAGUGCAACCGGCCCUGGGCACCCUUUGGGCCCGUCCGAUUCUCCGAGAAGAUCCAGCGCUUCACUCCCUUCUCGCUGGGCUUCGAGUUCCAGCCCGGGGAGACCUACUACUACAUCUCUGUUCCCACCCCCGAGAGCACCGGGCGCUGCCUGAAGCUGCGGGUCUCUGUCUGCUGCAGAGGCACCACUCCAGAGCCGGUGACAGAGGUUCCCAACUCGCAGCCCCAUGGGCGUGGGGGGCCAGAGGAUGCGGUGCCUGCCCGAGGCAUCACAGCCCCUCUGCAGCCCUGUGCCCCGUGCCUGGUGCUUGUGCUCCUCACCCUGCUCUGGAUCUGACCCUCGGCACCGCCCGGGGUGGGGGGAACAGGCUCCGCUGCCUCCCCACCUGCUCCCACACUUCCUCCACUGCCACCCCCUCCCAUGGGGCAGCCCCAGGUCAGAACUCACCCACCGGACCUCCACAUAGCCAAGCUGGGGCCAAGAGCUUGGGGCUGGAAGGGACCUGGCUCCCCACCGGCGUCACUGCACACCGGCCCCGGGGCUGGGCUCCCCGUAGCUCAGCGGGCACCCUCUCUGUCCCGGGGCCGUCACCUCAUCUCGUGCCUUCCUCCAUGAUGGACUCCCUGCCCCAGGGGACCCCGGGGGACACCCAGGCCCUGGAGCAGGGCCCCUCCGCUGCCUUGUCCUCCGGCGAGGACACACCGAUCUGUCUUCUGGGAAGACGCUCUCCCCCAUGUGCCCUCACCUUCUCCGUGUGCCGUCACCGGCCCUGCCGUUUGGUUUUAAUCCCUGGUAGUGACUGAGCCGAGCAAUACAGUGUUUGCAAGAUCACUGUGCAGCCCCUACCCCUCUAUCCCCUCGCGCUGCCCCUGGGCCCUUCCU